AUGGCUGUAGUCAUCCGUUUACUGGGGCUUCCUUUUAUUGCUGGGCCUGUGGAUGUUCGUCGUUUUUUCACGGGAUUGACUAUUCCUGAUGGAGGAGUGCAUAUAAUUGGAGGGGAAAAAGGGGAGGCUUUUAUUAUUUUUGCAACAGAUGAAGAUGCAAGACGUGCUGUAAGUCGUUCAGGAGGGUUUAUCAAGAAUUCAUCUGUAGAGCUCUUUCUUAGCAGUAAGACAGAAAUGCAGAAGAUUCUAGAAAUGAAAAGACCUGAUCACAUAGGAAGAGAGCGACCAGGGGCAUCAAGGAUUGGCUGCUUACCUAAUUUUGUUGAGGGUAUUAAAGAAGAAGCAAGUAAUUCUGGAUAUGGCUCUCCGAUUAAUCAAGAUGCUGGGUUUCAUACUAAUGGUACAGAACAUGGUGAUAUAAGGCCAAGAAAGACACGGCCAUUGCAGGCAGAGAAUCCUUAUUUGUUUCUACGAGGUUUGCCUUACUUAGUGAAUGAAGAUGAUGUACGUGUCUUUUUUUCUGGUUUGUGGGUAGAUGGAGUAAUUUUCUUAAAACAUCAUGAUGGCCGAAAUAAUGGUGAUGCCAUAGUAAAAUUUGCUUCAUGUAUUGAUGCUUCAGGAGGUCUUAAAUGUCAUAGAAGUUUUAUGGGUUCCAGAUUUAUAGAAGUAAUGCAAGGCUCAGAAGAACAGUGGAUUGAGUUUGGUGGUAGUACAGUUAAGGAGAGUGACAUUCCUGUGAGAACUGAAGAACAUUCUCCACCAAGAGGAGUCAAUGAUAGAUAUUUUCGAAAACAAUCUCAUUCAAAAUCUCCCAGAAGAACACGUUCUCGUUCCCCUCUCGGGUUUUAUGUUCACUUAAAAAAUCUGUCCCUAAGUAUUAACAAAAGAGAUUUAAGGAAUUUCUUUAAAGAUACUGAUCUGACUAAUGAACAGAUUAGGUUUUUAUAUAAAGAUGAAAGAAGAACAAGAUAUGCCUUUGUGAUGUUCAAGACUCUGAAAGACUAUAACAGUGCUCUGGCUUUACAUAAGACAGUUUUACAUUAUCGUCCAGUUAUUGUUGAUCCAGUUUCUAGAAAACAAAUGCUGAAGUUCAUUGAAUGUUAUGAAAAGAAAAGGCCAGCAUCAAUAGAGAGAGAGAGGCUUGGGCAUGUUUCACAAAAACACUCUCAAGAAGGCCACUCUGCCCAGAAACUGUGCAUAUAUAUAAGAAAUUUUCCAUUUGAUGUUACAAAAGCUGAAGUGCAAAGGUUCUUCGCAGACUUCUCUCUUGCUGAAGAGGACAUUUACUUGCUUUAUGAUGACAAAGGAGUUGGUCUGGGAGAAGCAUUGGUGAAAUUCAAAUCAGAAGACGAGGCCAUGAAAGCCGAACGUCUAAAUCGUCAGAGAUUCUUGGGGACAGAGGUGUUGUUAAGACUUAUAUCUGAGGCACAGAUGCAGGAGUUCAGUGUCAAUUUUUCCAGCAAGAGAAGGCAAGACCACUCACAGUCGUGUGAUAGAGAUGGCCCUGCCCGUUCCUUUGACUCAGACGAUCCGCCAAGAUUCCCAAGGGGCCUCUCUGUGAGCCUGAGGCACCAGCAGGAGGCCGGGAGGCAGCUGGACAGCUUCAGGCACGCCCCGGGGGCCUUCCGGCGGCCUGAGCGGUGCCCCCCGGACUUGCGGCGCUCCCCCGAGGCCCUCGGGUUCCGGCGGCCGCCGGAGGAGGACUGCAGGCGACGCUGGGAGGAGUUCGGGCACCACUGGGAGGAGGGCUUGAGUCCCCCCAGGGAGGAGGACUGGAGGCGGCCACCAGGGGACGAUCUCAGGCAUCCUCCCAGGAGGGACUUCAGACGAUCCCCCGAGGAGGACUGGAGGUGGCCUUCAGAGGAGGACCGGCGGCGGCCUCCCCCUGGCGAGUUCAGACGGCCCCCGGAGGCCUGGAGACGCCCCCCCGACCCCGACUUUAGGCGGCUCUCCCCCGGGGAAUGGAGGCGGCGACCUAAGGAGGACCUCCGGCGGCCCCCCGAGGAGGACUUCCGGCGGCUCAGGGAGGAAGACUUCAGGCGGCUCUCCGAGGAGGACUUUAGGCGGACUCCCGAGGAGGACUUCCGGCGUUCUCCUGAGGAGGACUUCCGGCGGCGGCUGCCCCUGGAACUCCGGCGGCCCCAUGAGCACUUGCGGAGGCCGCCCCAGGAGCACUUCCGCCGGUCACAGGAGCCUUUCCGGAGGCCGUCCCAGGAGCACUUCCGGCACCCCCUGGAGGAAGACUUCCGGCGCCCGCGGGAUGAAGACUUUAGGCGCCCGCCGGACGAAGACUUCCGGCGCCUUCCGGACGAAGACCUCAGGAGCCCCCGGGAGGAGGACUUCCGGAGCCCCCCGGAGGAAGGCUUCAGGCGCCCUUCCGAUGAGGACUUCCGGCGGCCCCCAGAGCAGGAGCGCAGGCAGGCUCCGGAGGAGGACCCGAGGCUUCCGGACGAUUUGAGGCCGCCCGGGGAGGAGUUCAGGAGCCCACCCGAUGAUCUUAGAAGUCAUCGCCCUUUUGUGAAUUUUGGUCGCCCAGAAGAUGGCAAAUUUGAGUUUGGAAAGCGCAAUGUGGGCAGUUUUCCUGAGGGGCGGUGUAUGCCUGAUCCAAAGCUAAAUUGUAGUUCAGGGAGAGUAGUGCCCAUUAAGAUAAUGAAUCUUCCAUUUAAAGCUAAUGUUAAUGAAAUCCUGGACUUUUUCCAUGGUUACCGAAUCAUACCCGAUUCCGUUAGGAUCCAGUAUACGGAGCAAGGGCUACCCACAGGGGAGGCCGUUGUUGCUAUGAUGAACUACAACGAAGCCAUGGCUGCUAUUAAAGACUUAAAUGAUAGGCCUGUGGGCCCGCGCAAAGUUCGGUUACUUUUGCUCUAG